UUAGAAAGGAGCUGAAUAAAUGACUCACGGCCGCGAUCCUCCCACUUCAGUACUCGGGAUAAGAUGGCGGCCGAGGGAGAGUAUGAGUCGAUCCUGUGCGUUAAACCAGAUGUCAACGUUUACCGCAUCCCGCCUCGUGCUUCGAACCGCGCCUACAGGGCAGCUGACUGGAAGCUGGACGCUCCGGACUGGUCCGGUCGGAUGAGAAUAACAGCCAAAGGCAAAGUAGCAUACAUCAAACUUGAAGACAAGAUCUCAGGGGAACUGUUUGCCCAGGCGCCUGUGAUGGAGUACCCCGGUGUUGCAUUGGAGACUGUCAGUGAUUCCAGCCGAUACUUUGUUCUCAGGAUACAGGAUGACAAUGGUGAGCAUACUGACCGUGCAUUAUAACAGGCUCCACAUCACUUUAAAAUUGGCA